AUGGCCAAGCUGGCCGUGGGUUUCUUUCCCACGGCCAUGCUUGGUCAUAACAGGGUUUUGAAGAGCGUCCUCGGCAGCGAAAAUCACCAACUUCCCAAUGCCUCCCCUGAUAAGGUCCACGGAGUCGAAGUCCAUGAAGGUGACUGGAAAACUACCGGCUCUGUCAAGCUCUGGAAGUAUACUGUAGAGGGAGAGGUUGAGGUUAUGAAGGAGAAGGUCGAAGUAGACGAGGAAAAGAAGUUGGUAAUUCUUACUGCUCUGGAUGGACAUUGCCUUAAUCUUUACAAAAGCUAUAAGAUUAUCUUUCAGGUUACCCCAAAGAGUGAGGGAGGCUCGGUGAAAAUCACACUGGAUUAUGAGAAACUCAACGGCAAUAUCCCUCCUCCCAACAAGUACCUUGAUCUUAUUGUUAAUCUCAUCAAGGAUCUUGAUGCCCACAUUCUCAAGCCAUGCAUAAUUAAAGGGUCUGAAUGAAUUUCUCAUGGUAUAUCUAUAAAGGGCACGGUAGCCGCCAACCAUCUUUAAUAAUUUGCAUCUUCAACGAUAUGGGAUAAAUAAAUAAAUCUUCGUCUUUCUCUCCCUCUCCAAUUGAAGUCUUUAAUUUCUUUUAUUUUAGGUUUAAUGGACAAACUUUGCAUUUGUCCAUAUUCCCAUGUUUAUUUGUGAUGGUUUGUGGAAUGAAU